AUGGUGUUGUUCGUUUCGCUCUUCGAUCGAGGAGUCAUCAACAAGUGCCAAGUUUCGAAUCGAAUCCAUCGAAUUGGCUGCGCUUUAUUCGUGAUCAUCCUUUGUCUCUCGUCGAGCGCGUCCUCUCACAUUUUCAAUUCGAGCAGCGGUAACUCGACGUACGUCGAGAGAUGCCGAGCUGAUUGCGCGGUGCACAAGGAUCUUAUAAGUUGCGGCAAGUUCAGGGUCGUCAGGUGGUUGAACGACAUCGCGAGGGAGAAGGAAUUCAAGUAUGGCGCGAUCCGCAUCAUCAGGAUCCCGUCACUGUCGCAGCAACCGGUUAUCCCGAAAUUGCCCGAGUCCCGCGUGUUCAAGAGCGGCAUAAUGGAGGCCUUGAACUUCGCCAGGGACACGGCCGAGGAUCUCAUUGCGAAACGUGCCUUCGUUUACACGAUCGACAACACGGCCUCCUCGGCAAGGAGUUUCGCCGCGAUGCCCAUGAUCGUGGACGAGGAUCAACUCGUCCAGAUGCAGACCAGGGGCAUAUCCGACGCUGCUUGGAGAGGGAUCAAGCACAAGAAGGCACUGAUCCUCCCCCUCUUGAUCCUGUUCAAAUUGAUGAAGCUGAAACUUUGGAUCGUGCCCAUCUUCCUCGCCGUUCACUUCAUCAAAAAGAUUCUAGUGAUCGCGUCGAUCCUCCUCCCGAUACUGUUCACGCGUCUCAAGAUCUGCAAAAUGUCGCAGCCCUAUCAUCAAGCUUACCCCCACCACUUGUGGAGCACAGCCGCCGAAGCGCCGGUCGAUUAUCCGUCAGGAUACGGGGAGGAAAUGUGGCCGUCUCACAGGAACGACUAUCAACAAGGUCCUCCCUAUCUAGCCUACCGUAACCCGUACGGAUGAAGCUGGGAAAAAAGUGCAACGAUCAUCCAAUUCGUGCCGAAUCUCGCUUCGACAAACUCUUCCCUCCUUUCUCUUCGCCAACUUUCCUCUCCGCUCGCUCCUUCUUCUUCUUCUUCUUCUUCUUCUUCUUCCUCUUCUUCCUCUUAAACGAUAAUAGGUUCGUAAUUGUAUUUAGCGAUGAUUAUCGAUCGCUUUCCACCCGGCGAGAAAAUGACUUUCACACGUUGCCAAGUACCGUUACCGUUAUUUGUGACGAGCGCACGAAUCGAG